ACAGUGACGAGUUCGAGCAACCCAUCGACCAGCACACGGGCGGGUACAUCCAGACGGUGAGUUCAGGGGGCAAUAGCACUCGUUUGUUCAAUUUUCUGCAUCCGGAAGAUCCCUUGUUUCAGACGCUUCUGAGACUUUCUGUGCCAGACAAUCGGCUCACCUUCAAGUUCCCGGUUUUCAGAUUGCCCAGAACGAUCAUCAAGAUGCUGGCUAACCACGACAACACGAGCCUGCCCCCCGUCAUCACCAACAACGUGGUGAGAGACCCCUACCAGAACGCUCAAUAUAUCCAGUUGAAUGCGUUAGAGUACUAUCUCUUCCAGUUCGUCUUCUGUGCAGUGAAUAGACAGACGCCGCUGCCAACUGGCUUGUCGUCCGUGCUGUACUCGGACCUGUUUGCUGCGUAUCUGGAGAUGCUUCUGCCGUUGCCGCGCAUGGAGCUGGACUUCAGGACACAUCCGGUGGAUAGCAAUGUUCCCAACAUGCAGAUGAUAUUUUACAAUGUGGACAAACACCUGGCCGACAAGUUCAUUGACAUACUAUCAUUGUUCUGGCUGAAACAAAAUGCGCCUCCCAAUACGGACUCCGCCGCAGCCGUGUUUGACAACCACACAGCCGGUCACUCCGACCUCACCGAACCACCCAUACUGCCAACAGAGAUAUGUGUGAGCUGCUGUCGGACGCUUGUGUCACAUUUGCACAAGAUGGCGCUGCCUAUAGACGAAGCCUUACUGAAAGAUCUCGAAGAAAACGAGCGCGCUUUUGUGGCCCAACGGGAUGCUGGGGCCGAAAUGGCUAUGCCAUCAGCGUACGGCUCGCGAGUGUCCAGGACGUCCCGAUUUGUGCCGAAAAUACCUGAUUUCGAAGCAGAUAAUAUACUUAAAAGCUUAUCCGCAGACCUGUAUAGAUACUUGGAUGUGUGCUUCAAUCAUUGGCCCAUGGACACGACAAUCAUAGUGGUCUACCGCCUGUACUUCUCACUGGCACAGCCCUGGAACUAUCUCUCAGAUCCGAAAUGGGCUGACACCGAACAAAUAGAGAACUUCUACAAACCUGAACACAUUGUGAAUGUUUCGCAGGACAUCCAAGACAAAUACUUUACCGAGUACAUCGAGGCACAUCUCGCCCAUUAUACAGUGGUGCUUAAGAGUGCUCUCAAGCGGCUCCUACUUAUUCUCAGGCGAGAUCGUCGGCCCUCCAGAGACCACUAUGCCCUUCGGCUGUUAUAUAUGCUGUUAAUACCUUAUGCGCCUUUUGAUCCUCCCGGGGGGCAUACUAUGGACGAAUACUCCCUUGUACGAAUCAUGCAGAGUGUGGAGCAGAGGGUAUUCUCCGACGCAAACAACCAGAGCUUUGGCAAUACAACCGUCUUAGGGGCUUCCGCGCCAAACAUAUCAACCAAUGGCAUGGUGGGCGUCCGCAGACAGCCCUUCUUCAGUGCCACAACCAAAGUCAAUCUGAUCCAGGACCUGCGCCUGGAGAUGCACCGCCGAGAGAUCAUCUUCACCACUCCCCAAGUAGCGGACACUCUGGUAGAUAAGGCCAGUGUUAACAGUGCUCGAGUGUCCCGCAAUACACUGCGGCGAUUGCGCAUGCGGUCGGCAAGCAGUGCCAGAGGCUCCGCAGGGAGUGAUUUCGACCUCCUGGGCUGCCUGGUAUACUGGUUCAAUUGCCUUAUAAGAUAUCCCGUCGAGUACCUACUAAAGUGCACCUGCCUGUCCGUGUACUACAUAUGGUGCCAGUGUGGGGGUCCACCUCCCGCUAAAUGGCUUCCGUACACACACGCAUACCAUACCGACUCCAGCGUUAAUAGGAGAGUCAACAGAUACGACCAGCCCUCCCCUGUACCGUCUGUGCGCGGCGCCACUUCCCCCGGGGGUUGGUCUGUACAAAACGUGGGGAGCUCUAUGGGCAACAUCGCCCGGAGUCUCAGUGAAUGGAAGUCCGCCACCACACCCACAGGCACACAAGUACCGGACAGUGCAUACACCAAGGCCCGCAAUGUGCUGGACGCAGUGGUGGUGGCCAUGGGACAAGACUACGAGAUCGAGUUACCCAAGGAAUCCGAUAUCCUGCAUAAGGUGGCGCCAAAGAUUGGUAGCGAUAGUUCGCCGAAAAAAAGACCGCGUCUCUCCGAAAGAAAACCUGUCGAGACGAGGGGGGAUGUGGGCAAUGUGCGGCCAGCUGAAGUGCGUGCUGUGGCGCGACUGGUAUAUCAGAUAUGCAACCGCAGCGCCAGGAAAUGGCACAAGACGGAUGUGGAAACAUUCAACCGCUACAGAUUCCUGGCUAAUCGGACCUACUUGUGCUGUGCCACGCUCGUACUGAUGGGCCUGUUGGCGUUCAACUACGGAGUGGGCUACCACAGUCUACUGCUGAUAGCUCUGGUAACGUACUUCUCCCUCAGCAUCUAACAGAACGAAAAAUAAACUGUCAUGCUAAGGAAAGACCAUCUGUCAAUCGCGCCUUCGCCGAGUUGCUGAGCAUUUUAGUGUGAUAAGGG